CUUUUAUAAUCAGGCGCCAUUUGGAUUUCACCCAAAGUCUUUAUUAGCUGUAAACGUUUUCGGUUCGUUGCCGAGAGCACAUUCUGUCCUUUCACGACUUGUCAUAAACUCUUGUUUGACCUAAGGAUAUUUUAAGUGGGGGACGCAUGCGGCGCUCGAAACGGAUGCGCUGUCCCGAUGGACGGAGGAUGGAGGUGUGGAACUGGGAGGAAGAAGAAGAAAAGAGGAGUGUGGAGGCUCACAAACGCUCAAAGAGGGACUCGUGUAGCAGUGAGAGAGACAGGAGACCGAGACGGUACCACCACUACAGAACAUACGAAAGGUGCAACAAAAGCACUAGGGGGCUGGAGGACGCGGAGCAAAGGGCGCCGGAGCCCGGUUUAAAGGCGUGUGGCCAUGAGAAGAAAGCGAACGUCCGAGGUGUUCCAGAGAACCAGAAGGAACAGGACAAGGACAGACACAGGCAUUGGCACCAUUACAGCGAAUCCUUGGCUCGAUACAGUAACAGGGAUCGGCAACGCUCAAAGUACCACAACAGCCGUUCACACUCGAAAAGUCAUCGCAGGAAAAGAAGCAGGAGUUUUGAGGAUGAUGAGGAGGGUCACCUGAUCUAUCACAAUGGACAAGUUCUAAGAGCAAGAUAUUUGAUCUUAAGCACUCUUGGUGAAGGAGCUUUCGGAAAAGUCGUGGAGUGUAUCGACCACACCAAAGACGGUAUCAGAGUGGCUCUGAAGAUAAUCAAAAAUCAGGAGCGCUAUCGCGAGGCGGCUCUUAUCGAAGUGGACGUGCUGAAACAGAUGAACAUUCUGGACGCUCAAAAUCGGUUUGCCUGUGUGCGGAUGUUAGACUGGUUUGAUCACUACGGUCACGUCUGCAUUGUGUUUGAGUUGUUGGGCCUGAGCACAUAUGACUUCCUGAAGGAGAAUGACUACAUGCCCUUUACCGUCGAUGAGAUCAGAUACAUGGCAGAUCAGAUCUUCAGAGCUGUACACUUUCUUCAUCAGAAUAAGCUAACGCACACUGACCUGAAACCUGAAAACAUUCUAUUUGUCAAUUCAGACUGUGACGUAGAAUACAAUGCCAAGUUGAAACGGGAUGAGAGGACGCUGAAGAACCUCGGCGUGAAGGUUGUGGACUUUGGCAAUGCUACGUAUGACCACGAGCACCAUACAUCAGUGGUGUCGACACGUCACUACAGAGCGCCUGAGGUCGUUUUGGAGCUGGGCUGGAAUCAGGCAUGUGACGUUUGGAGUUUAGGAUGCAUUCUGAUCGAGUAUUAUCUAGGAUUAACACUGUUUCAGACUCAUGACAGCAAGGAGCAUCUAGCGAUGAUGGAGAGGGUUCUAGGACCGAUACCGGCACACAUGCUCCAACAAACAAAGAAACAGCACUAUCUUCAUCAUGGCAAACUGGAUUGGGAUGAGUCCAGCUCAUCAGGGAGAUAUGUGAGGAAGCACUGCAAGCCUCUCAAGCAGUACAUGUCCUCUAAGAGCUUGGAGCAUGAGCAGCUGUUUGAUCUGCUGCAGAAGAUGAUGGAGUAUGACGUGUCUAAGCGUAUCACCCUCGAGGAGGCCAUCAAACACCCGUUUUUCACCUCACUUAGGAAUAAGAGUGAAAAGUAAACUUCUCUUUAACAGAUUCACCUCUGACACCUCCCACGGAGACUGCCGCUGACUGUAUCAGUCUGCUUUACUGGAGUAAUAACUGUAGGAGAAAUCGAAUGCAGCUACAGUACAAACAGCUGUGCUUUGUUUCAGCUGUGUGAAGAUCAACUAAAGACGAACAAGCUCGGUGCAUAUUUUUGGUUCAAAGUUGCCUGCUUGCAAAAUGUACAUAUUUAUUUUGUGAUCUCAUUUGUAAAAUGUGGUCCACUGGGUUUUUGUGUUAAUUAAACUUUACUACGUUUUCUGGUAA